AUGGCCGAAGGUGUACAGAAGCGGUUGCAGACUGAACUGGAGAAGUUCCAGACUGUUCAAAAAGAUAUUGCCAAACAUGUAGGAUUGCGACAGCAGUUGGACAGUCAGUUGAGUGAGAACACUCUUGUCAAAGAGGAACUGGACAGGCUAGAGGAUGGGGCAACUGUUUACAAAAUGGUGGGACCAGCUUUGAUCAAACAAGAUCUAGUAGAGGCCAGGCAGAACGUGCAGAAACGCAUAGACUACAUUAAUGGAGAGUUAAAACGGCAUGAAAACGUCAUAAAAGAUCUGGAGAAAAAGGCAGACAGCCAUCGUGAAAGCCUGGGCAAGUUGCAGCAUCAGUUCCAACAGGCUCAAGUCAAGGCUGCAGCCAAGGCAUAG